CGGCGAUGUGGACUUGGAAUCCGAGCAAGGAAAUCCGGGACGAGCUGAGCCUUCCCGGCUUGAUCGCGUCGGCAAAUGGGUGGGUCGAAGCCUGAUAUCAGCAUGGCCUGGUUCAAGAACUUCCUGAUAUUCGAGUCAACGGUCCACAUUCAUAUUACACUGAGCUCAGGAAACAACUCGAGCGCUUUCCUCUCGGUUUGGGAGGGUACCCUGACUGAAAUCUGGCUACAUGAAAUGCAUCACGCACGUUUCUAAUGCAUUCACCGAGCUUGAAUUAAUGCAGACCUACAUCUCAGCGCCCAGAAAAAUGUGGGAGUCAAGGCCGCUUAAUAUUGGAUCAUAAGAAGCUGCAAGAUCUCGGCAAGACUCCUCUUCGACUAUAAUGUCAACCCCGCCCAAUCAAAUCAUGUGGCAGACCCAUAGUUCAUUGUGUAUGUUGCACUGCGUUGUGCAGACCGUUGUUCUCGCUUUUCGUGUUCAAGAAGGCCUGUCAACGGGCUUGCGGGCCACGAUGCUCAGCUCACCUUCUUGAUCUUUCCUUGGUCCGAUCCUCCUUCUUCGUGCGUAAGCGAUUGCCGCAGUACCUGAAGCUUCUUCCGUAACGUCUCUCAGUAGUCGCACGAGCUAGCGGCCGACGAUUCCAGCUGAUGUGCGCAGACAGGUGCUUUGUCUUUCCCGGAUGGUUUCCCACUCCCCGGAGGUCAGGAAGUUUUGAAUUGCCGCCUCUCAAGAUCGAUAACCGCAAGCCCAGUCUAAGAUCAACGAUCCUAUUUCAUUGCCCGACCUCGCAGAGCAGCAGUCCGUCAUAUUGUCUCAUAAAUCCCCCAGAAUCAAGUCAUUCUCCCAUCCAGAACGAGCUCGAGCGCUCUCCUCUCGAUUUGGGAUAGUUCCUCGGGUGAUUUCUGGCUACAGGCAGUGCAUCACGCACGAGUUUCGAAUCCAUUCACCCGGCUUGCGCUCCUCUAUCAAUGCUGGAGUCGGAGUCGGAAACAAGGAUGACUUUAUCUCAGUGCUCCGGAAUCCUUCUCUCGGUCUGCGGGGUUUGCAUUAACACGACGCGGAUCGGACAAAUACUGUCACAUGAGAGACACACACGCGCCGAACGAAUGCACCCGCUGCUGGGAGUUUGAGCUUUCAACAACGCCGACCAACACACAUCGGUCAGGGUCGAACGAGGCAGACAAGGCCGCCUCGUAUUAGAUUACAGGCUGCGUCAAACUCACGGCAAGACUCCUGUUCGAGCACAACGUCGUCCUCGUGCCAUCAAAUCACGGUCCAAGUCUAUUGUACUUUGCUCCAGUUGCUCCUUGUACUGCGGCCCUUGUUUUCGGGCUUUUGUAUUCAAGACGGCUUAUAAACAGCCUUGAAGACAACGAUGUCCAGCUUCCCUCGACGAUCUCACUCUGGACGAUUCCUCUUGCUUUGUGCACAGCGGAUCGCCGCGAUAUCUCAAGACUGCUACAUUUCUCCCAGUUUUCGGUCGAGCUGGCGGUCGAAGAUCUCAGCUGAUACGCGCAGACAGGAGGUCUAGAAGUGGCUGCCACUGGAGAUCAAUAACCACAAGGCCCAGAUCAACAGAUCUUUCUUAUGAACGCAUCAGACUGAAAGGAGAUGCUCCCGGAAACGCCAUGUCCAUGCCCCUUGCGAACUGACGUCUGGCAGGAAAGUGAAGCUCGCCUGAGAACAGGAGAACACAAGGAGGGGGAGCCGAGAGUGUCGUCAGAGUGAACAUGGCUGAGGACCAUGUAACUCGAUCAUUAUCUUGAGGGCAGCGGCAAAGGGCGCAUGUGGCAAGGAAAGUACAAGGACUGGUGAGUUUCGGGAACAAGGGCGGGAGCCAAAAACGUCUCUUGACACGUGAGGGGACGACGGGUGCCAGAUCCAUAGCCUGACGCCGGUUGAUUGGUAGGGUACGACCGUUCUGCGGCACCGUUGGGUGCAGCGACGACGAGCUGGGAGGAUUUUACUUUUCACUUCUGCACUCCGCGUGUCAAGCUCUUGGACUCGCGUGGGCGGGAACAAGGGGACAUCCCGAUAAGGACUGCGUUGGCAAUAAAGAAACGUCCAAAUGCGGUUAUGCGUCAGAAAUCAGAUUCCGUGGAACCUAACACGUGCUGGGGUCCAGGUGAGGUUCGCUCUGCAGGGCGUCAAGGAGACGACUGUGCUGUGGGUUCCAGAGUAUGAGAAGUUGUCGGAGCGUACGAGGAAUGUCUUUUACUCUGCUCACAAAGCACAAUGCCGCUCUGUACAUGCUAUGUUUCUGAAUGAUGUCGCUGAUGAUGGGCGCUGGUGCCCGGGGUCCCUGCCUUGGGGCCACCCUUUCCCCUUCGCUUCGAGCUUUGGAACAUCCGAUGCUUCACCUGUCCUUAUAAGGGCGAACAAUAGAAAAGGAUAACGUGCCCCCAUUGUUCGCUCGUUUGGGAUCCCUCUUCCACCACGCCCCAGUCGAUUCUCAAUCAUCCAGGAGCGCUAUGCCUGCCCUUCGCUCAGCUUCUCGCCGGACCAGUGGAGGUUAUGGGAGGAGGAGGAGUUCAAUCGCGCCGCUCGUCGCCAAACCCGGGACGUACGGUUAUGCUGCUCCCACCGCCCCAUCUACUAUCCUCCCCGACGCGGCCAGUGCUUCGUCUUCAUCCUUGACACCCUCCAACCAGGCGACGGUGACCUUCGCGCCCAAUGUGACGCCGAUUACGUACAACGCCCCGUCCCCCGAUGAUUCCUCGUGCGACGAUCUGCCACGCCCAGGGGACACGGACGUCACUGCCCCGCUGUUCCCGCCGAGCAAUCAGCCUGCGCCGGCACCAAGGAGGAAACGGGUUGCACCUGGCAAGAGGCGAAGUCUGGGGUACAUUCCUCGCCCACCCAACGCAUUCAUGCUGUUCCGUGCGAACUUUGUGAGAUCGAGGCAUAUCCCUGGCAGCCUAGAAGCCACGCACAGCAGUCUCAGCAAGAUCAUCGGCACCGUCUGGCGCUCGCUGUCUCUGCGCGAGAAGGCCACAUGGGAGAAGAAGGCGAAGGACGCCAAGGCGGAACACAAGAUCAUGUACCCCGACUACAAGUUCCGACCCGUCCACGGCAAAGCGCGCGCGCCCAUCGGCUCGUACUCCAACAGCGAUUACAACGCCGCGCGGACGAUCAAGCACGAGAUGGAGGAGAAGCGAUCGGAGGAUAUCGCAUCGCUGUUGCUGCAGGGGAAGAAAGGCGACGAGCUCACUGACGCGGUGAAUGAACUCGAUGUGCGCCGACGCGCCGAAUACGCGCUGUCCAAGAGCGAGACUGCCACCGACCGGGCGUUCACAGACUCGCCGUCUCCUGGUCCCGAACUUUUGUACAACCCCAACAUUCCCGAUGGAUAUGGUACGGAUGUGCCGAUGUCGAUGCCCAAGUAUCCGCACCCGCUCAACUUGGAUCCUGGCGCUUUUUAUCUCUCCCGGGAUGUGAGCUCCCCACCGUCUUCGACGUUGACCGCGGGAUCUCCGUAUCAGAUGCCGCUGCCUAUGCCCCUGUACCAGCAGCAGCAGCAGCUCGAUUCCUCUGAUCGUUGGAGACACCGUCGGAGCUCUAGUGUACCGCUGCCGACCGAAUGCCACUAUGGACCAUUUUACGGACACGAUGAAGCGACCAUGAGCGUCAAUUCCAAUGCGCUGACGCUUCCUCCCAUUCAUUUCCCCAUCGACCACACCAACGUCGGUUCGUGGAUGCUGCCCCCGCCGCCGACCGCUGCGGAAGAUUCGUUGUCGGGUGCUGCGAUCGGCAUCAGCGCGGGUUCACAGCGGAUGUCGUUAUCGUGGGGUUCGAUGGGGUCGACUGGUUACAUGCGACCGAGCUUCAGCUUCGGGUUCCGCAACUCGUAUUCGUCGACGUGGUAUGCUGCUGGUGGAACCGGUUACGCUGCGAACACUUUUGAUCCGAUCGGCCGCCGGGCAAGCAGUGCGCAGGCGUUCUUCUCCCCGACGUCGUUCAAGUUCAACACUUGCGGCAGCGACGCUGCAGAGUAUGAGCAGCAGCUGCCGGAGGAGCUUCCGGAUGCGGACACGUCGCUUUUCCACCCGGGUUUCCUGAACACCUUUGGUGGAGCGCCGGUUUCCGAGCUGGCGAUGGCGAACUUCGAAGUACAACAGGCGUCCGUGCUGCACGCACCCCAGCCGAUGAACCCUGUCUCCCCGCUGAACUCGGUCGAAUUCCACCCGCCCGCGCCUCAGUACUCGGAGCCGCCCGCGCCUGAAGUGUACGAUGUCCAAGACCCUGUUGUCAUGGAAUCUUCGACCCCGACGCCAGUUGCUCAGACCUCAUCGCUGUCUCCGCAACUGCAGUACCCAGAGUCUGCUGCUCCUACUCCUGCGCCUGAGCCGGUGCAUUACCCCCCGUUCGAGUUUGCGUCUGAUUCAGGAGAACUGCAUUUCGCUGCGCGGCCGUCGAUCGACAUCGGAAUGUUGAUUGCGAAACCGGUCGAUAUGGCAUAUGCAGCGAGCUACGCAAACGAGUUCGAGUAGUCGCACGACGAUCCAUCUGCUCAGAUGUCCAUGGGUUCUUCCUCCUGCUUGUUUUUAUAAUCUUGACCCUGAUUUCUGGUUUCUGCUCUGCCGUAUAUCAUGUAGCCAUAGCCAGCGCCGCUUCCUCAGAGUGGUGCAUCCCCCGAUUUCCCAAGUACCCACGUCUCUUGUAAUGACUGUAUACUAAUUAUUGUGUAUUUAUAAUCCAGUAUCAGGUUUCAUCAGC